UAAUAUGGCGGCUGUUUUGCACGGACGGCGAGUAGUUGACUUGCUUCCGGUAAAAAUUAUAUUUGGUUGUCAGCAUGUUCGAUGUGCACGUUUGGCCAGGAAAGUUGCAGCCUCAAGUUCUCUGUCUCCUAAAUCUACAAAACAGGUCAAAGAGCCGGUCAGACAGCCACAUAAACAGCUAGUAAAACGAGUCAAACCUGAUAUGGAUAUGAAGUCUGCACUUUCAAGACAACUGAGCAGGAGGAGAGAUUUGGCUUCUCAAAAAAGACCACUGCUGGAGCAGCAGAGUAACAAAGAGACAAUAUCAAAAGGACGCAAAGAAAUUGUCAUUGAGCCAUCUUGUUCUGAGAAUCCUGCAUUCAGGCCAGACAAAGAUGUAGAUAUUGAGUUACAAGUUUCAUCAUUUAGCCCUCUUGGAUUAAGAGAGGAUGUGUUGAAGGCUUUGUACAAUAUAAAUGUUACAAAACCCACAGUCAUUCAGAUGGUAACAAUUCCCCCAUUACUUAAAAGAGAGCAUGUGCUUUGUGCUGCACAAACAGGGACUGGAAAAACUCUUGCUUACCUGGCGCCAGUGGUUCACCAUCUGAGAGAAGACGAGCGCAAACAUGGUGUCAUAACGCGUCUGAAACGACCACGAGCAUGUAUUGUUGUUCCAGGCAGGGAACUUGCUAUUCAAGUGUUAGAAGUUGCUAAGUCAUUAAGUCAUCAUGCACGCUUUAAAUCAGUUGGCAUUAUCGGCGGACGGAAAAAGAAAUUUAUGAAAAGAGACCUUGCGUCUCCCGUGGAUCUCGUGGUUGCCACUCCAGGAACGUUACUUCAAUUUCGCCAGAAAGAUCGUUUGUUUUUCUCGGAUUUGUCGUAUUUGGUAAUUGAUGAAGCGGAUUCCAUGUUUGAUUCCUCGUUCAAAUCAGACACAAUGGAAAUUCUCCAAUCGAUCUCGAUACGACAAGGUAGACCAUCUCCUCCCAGCGAGCAGCCGGUGGACACACAAGUCACUAUUGUCGGUGCAACGAUGCCAAAUGAGUUGGUGGUAGACACCUUACAGCGAAUGCUUCCGCGCUUAAAAACAUGUUCUUCUGGUCUUCACCGCGUUCUUCCCCAUAUCAGACAUAGGUUUGUAAAAAUCAAGCAGGAGGAAAAGGCAGGCAAACUCCUAAGACUCCUGAGACACGACCUUCAAGAUCCUUUUCAGCGAACUAUCGUGUUCUGUAAUACCACAGAGGCUUGCGAUUUUGUGGGGCAUUUUCUCGUAGAGAAGCGUAUCAAAUUUAUCCGACUUCACAAAGUGCUUCCUUCCAAGGUGAGGAGCAACUUAUUUGAAGAGUUCCAAGAGGGAAGAGCAAGAGUUCUUGUUUGUACUGAUAUAGCAUCUAGAGGAGUAGACCCUGAUGUAGGCCAUGUGAUCAACUUUGACUUCCCCACGUCGUUAGUGGACUAUAUUCACCGCGUGGGUAGAACUGGCCGUGUAACGACAGAGACGACAUCAACAGGGGUAUCGGUAGCCACCAGUCUACUUACUCAUAACCGGGAUGUUAGAAUGGCAAAGAUAAUUGAGCAAGCAGCUAAAAAACAGCGACGUCUGGAAGGUAUCGAAAUUCGCCCCAAGCGCCCCUCUGCAGAGCCUGGCCCCAGAGAGAUCUGGGAAAAUAAAGAAAUAAACUUUAAAAAGUUGGAUGAUGAAGACUUUGACGAGGAAGAUGUAGAGUUCACGUGACAUGCGGUGUCUCAGAUUGAAACAAACAUUUCUUAUUUAUGGAAAUACAUCGUUAACACUACGAGUUACAUGGAUCCUUUGAAGUUCAUAGUGAGCGUGUCUUUGGGCCCGUGCUUGUCUUGCGAAACGACUGUAAGUGCCUUAUCAAGGAAAGUGAAGAUAUCUUAUGACUAAAAUGUCGACCAAAAUGAAAGGAAAAAAAAACGUUGAGAAACGUCAUUAAAGAUAAGUAUAUGUGCAGCUGA